AUGGGGACCCCAGACCCACCGGCGCUGGAGUUCACCGAGGUUCCGGUGUACCAGUAUGCCGUGGGAGGCGCCCCGAGGACACCGGUAUCCCGAGGGCACCGGUACCGCGAGGAUCUCGGUACUGCGAGGACCCCCGGAGCCGCCUCGGCACCGAAGGCUCCAGUGCCGCCAAGGCUGGGGAGCGUGGGUAUGCCGUGCCCCCCGCGGCGGCUGCUUCUCGGGCUCUUUGUCCUGCUGGUCCCCGUCGCUUCCCAGGAGCCCGGGAAGACUAAAAGGAAGUCCCCAAAUGACGUAUCCAGUAUGGCUCGCCCCCAGUAUGGCUCGCCCCCAGCCCCCAGUAUGGCUCGCCCAGCCUUUCCAGGCCGCCCCCCCUUUGAACCCAGUGUGCUCCCGGAGUCUGACUGGGGCAAAACUCCUGCCUCUUCCCUGCUUUCCUUCGUCUGGCCUCUCCAUUGCGCUCUCCGAAGCAACGGGGCUCGUUUUCCCUUCCUGAUGGCCCCACCUCGCUUUGGCUUUCUGCUCCUUCUGGCUUGCUGCUUCUCCUCUUCUGAAACACAGCUCCUGGACUGGAUCUGGGGCAGCACGAAGACCACGGAAAGCCCAGCAGCACCCGGUGAGAGAACCACAGUGAUGGAAUCCCUUACCUCUGCAGCAGCUCCCACCCACAGUGUGCCCCCAGGAAUGGUGGGUGGCCAAAUGGUGAGAGAAGUCACCACCCCACAGUACCAGGAGCCAGAUACUGGUACAGCAGCACCUGCAAGCAAGGAAACCACAACUGAAAAUGCCAAGCAGUUGGACGGGAAUGCCAUGGGGCUGGUGGAGAGCAUGUCAUGGCCAAGCAUCACUCCUCCCCACAGCAUGUCACCUGCUGCUGGCCAGGAUGCAGCCAGCAGCUCCACCAAGAACCCACAUCUCCUGGGGACAGUGACCACCAAGGACCCUCAGCUCCUGGGGUCAAGGACUACUGAGGACUCACAACUCCUAGAGUCAAGGACCACUGAGGACCUGCAGCUCCUGGGGUCAGGGACCGCUGAGGACCUGCAGCUCCUGGGUACAGGAGCCACAAAGGACCCACAGCUCUUAAGGUCAGGGACCACUGAGGACCUGCAGCUCCUGGGGUCAGGGACCGCUGAGGACCUGCAGCUCCUGGGGACAGGAGCCACAAAGGACCCACAGCUCUUAAGGUCAGGGACCACUGAGGACCUGCAGCUCCUUGGGACAGAAGCUACCAAGGAUCCACAGUUCCUGAGGUCGAGGACCACUGAGGACCCACAGCUCCUGGGAACAGGGGUCACAGAGAACCUGCAACUCCUGGGAACAGGGGCCACUAAGGACCCACCGUUCCUGGGGAUGAAGAACACCGAGGACCUGCAGCUGCUGGGGACGGGGACCCCUGUGGCAAUGGGGACACAGGUGUCCUUGCAGAGACCAACGGGUCCCCGGCCAGGUAGUGCCCCUUUUCUUUUCUCACCAGGUGGCAGUUCCCGUGAGCAGGCUGUGCCACCCUGGGACCCCACAGCACAACUGCCCCAACAUGGCCGUGGAGCGUUUCCCACCCUACCAAAGCUGUGGCAUGGCACCAGCCACCCAGGGCUGGUGGUGGCUGGCACAAAUGGCAGUCGGAGCCCUCCUUUGCCCAACAGGAGGGCAGAUAAUGGUGUGGAUCCUCCUCUUGCUGAUAACUCCAGUCCUCUCAAGUUUGAUUUACUAACCGCUGCUGCGCGACUCUACGGUAGUGGUGGCACAGGGCUCCCAUCCUAUCCUGGACUGUUGCCAGCAGCCGGACGUUGCCUUCCCAUCUUGACCCGCCUGCCCUUCUGCAGCGUGCUGGGCACCAACCAUUUCAGAUUACCAAAUUACCUCCACCACAGCAGCGAGGUGGAAAUUCAGGCAGCUUUGCAUGAGUGGGAGGGGCUGCUUGAAUCGCGGUGCCAUCGCUUCGUGGAGUGGUUUCUCUGCUUGCUCCUGCUCCCUGGGUGUAGUGCCUCGAUCCCCAUAACCCCCCCACCAUGUCAAGGCUUCUGUGAGGCUGUCAGAGACCUGUGUUGGAUGCACUUGGCUGGUGGGCAGCUGCCUCUGCCUUGUGAUGCUCUCCCCAAGGAGGACGAUGGGUAUUCUUGUGUCUUUAUUAAUGCUUCUGCAGAGAACCUGAGCACUGAGGUCAGCCUGCUGGAGCUGAUUGGAGACCCCCCUCCAGAGGAAAUCCUCAAAAUUUAUGGCCCUGACAACAACCCUGGCUACGUCUUUGGCCCCAAUGCCAACACGGGUCAAGUGGCCCGGUACCACUUGCCAAGCCCUUUCUUCCGGGACUUUUCCAUCCUAUUCCACAUCCAGCCCACCACCCCGCGAGCUGGUGUGCUCUUUGCUAUCACGGACUCCUCGCAAAGCACCAUCUACGUGGGCAUCAAGCUCUCAGAGCUGCGGGCAGGCAAGCAGCAGAUCAUCUUCUACUAUACAGAACCAGGCUCACCGACCUCCAAUGUGGCAGCCACCUUCACUGUGCCUACCUUGCUCAACCAGUGGACGCGUUUCGCCAUCAGCGUGGAGGAGGAUGAAGUCAUCCUCUAUCUGGACUGUGAGGAGCAUGAACGGGUCCGCUUUGAGCGCUCCCCAGAUGAGAUGGAGCUGGAAGAGGGCUCUGGGCUCUUUGUUGCUCAAGCUGGAGGAGCUGAUCCAGAUAAAUACCAGGGGGUGAUUGCUGAUUUGAAGCUAUUAGGGGACCCAAGGGCAGCUGAGCGCCAGUGUGAGGAAGAGGAUGACGAUGCUGAAGAGGUCUCAGGUGAUUUUGGCAGUGGGGCAGAAGGUGGACACCGACCUCUGGGGAAAGUCGGGGGUGUCCCAGGGCUGGUGGAUGCUGUCCCUGUCACUUCUCCCCCUGUGGUGGUGGGCAGUGGGGGCUCCCCACAGCAAGCAGAGAGGACCAGAGCAGAGGAGACACUGCGGGGCUCCACGGGAGGCACUGGCCCCAAAGGUGAGAAAGGAGAAAAGGGUGAACGUGGCCUGAAAGGGGACAUGGGGACUGGUGGCAUUGUGAGGACAGGCAGUGUCAAAGGUGAAAAGGGAGAGAAAGGAGAACUGGGCGUUAAGGGCAGCGCUGGAUUUGGCUACCCCGGUUCCAAGGGCCAGAAAGGCGAACCUGGUGACCCUGGCCCCCCCGGAACCCUCUCACAGCACACUGAUGGCUCAGUGGAGCAGGUCACUGGUCCCCCAGGGCCACCAGGGAGAGACGGAGCCCCUGGCAGGGAUGGCGAACCUGGUGAUCCCGGUGAGGACGGCAAACCCGGUGAUAUGGGGCCCCAGGGGUUCCCUGGAAUGCCAGGGGAGCCUGGUCUGAAGGGAGAGAAGGGUGACCCAGGCAUGGGGCCUAGGGGACCCCCUGGACCACCUGGACCCCCAGGACCACCAGGACCCUCCUUCAAGCAUGACAAGCUGACCUUCAUCGACAUGGAGGGUUCUGGCUUCACUGGCGAACUGGAGACCCUGCGGGGUCCACGAGGGCCACCUGGCCCCCCAGGACCACCAGGUGUGCCUGGUUUGCCAGGUGAGCCAGGACGAUUUGGGAUGAACCACACAGGCCUGCCAGGACCACCAGGGCUGCCAGGCAGGGAUGGGAUCCCUGGACCACCAGGGCCAGUGGGUCUUCAGGGUCCUCCUGGACGAGAUGGGACACCUGGGCAGCCAGGGCCCAAAGGAGAGCGGGGUGACAUGGGCGACCUUGGCCUCCCUGGUGCGCCAGGACCCAAGGGCAGCAAGGGAGAAACAGGACCACCAGGAGCUCCCGGAGAAACUGGCUUAGCUGGUCUGCCUGGGCCCAUCGGACCCCGUGGGCAGCCAGGACCUCCAGGGCCCCCAGGACCUCCAGGGCCAGGCUACGAGGCUGGAUUUAGCGACAUGGAGGGAUCUGGGCUACCGUUCGCCACUGGCUCCCCUGGGCCACGUGGACCUGAAGGACCACAGGGAGUCCCAGGACUACCAGGAGUGAAGGGGGAGGUCGGCAGUCCUGGGCAGCCUGGCUUGCCUGGAAUGAAGGGGGAUGCUGGUGUGCCUGGUGUGGACGGCCGCCCUGGCCUGGAGGGCUUCCCUGGCCCACAGGGACCCAAAGGUGACAGAGGCAGCCCUGGUGAGAAGGGUGAGCCAGGCCAAGAUGGUGUGGGGCUGCCUGGCCCCCCUGGGCCACCUGGUCCCCCUGGACAGGUCAUCACUGUCUCCGGCGAAGAGAAGUCUUUGGUGGCUUUACCCAGUCUAGAGGGCAGACCAGGUCACGCUGGCUUCCUGGGCCCAGUGGGACCAAAAGGAGACCGGGGGUCAUCUGGGCCCCAGGGCCCUCCAGGGUUGAAGGGAGAGAAGGGGGAGCCCGGUGUCAUCAUCAGUCCGGAUGGGACUGUGGUCACUGCAAAGGUGAAAGGAGAAAAGGGGGAGCCAGGACUGCGGGGACCAAUAGGACCCUCUGGUCCCCAGGGACGACCAGGAAUGAAAGGAGAGAUUGGCUUUCCAGGCAGACCUGGACGUCCUGGCAUGAACGGGCUGAAGGGUGAGAAGGGUGACCCUGCCGAUGUCAGCAGCAUCCUGGGCUUGCGGGGACCCCCAGGACCUCCAGGGCCUCCAGGGCCCCCAGGGCCACCUGGCAGCAUAGUCUAUGACAACAGCAAUGCCUUCAGUGACUCUGGGCAUCCUGCACUGCAAGCCUUCCCUGGUUUCCAACAGUUUUCAGGACAAAAAGGAGAGAAAGGCGAUGCUGGAGCCCCAGGACCUCCAGGUCACUUCCCUUAUGACCUGAGUCACUUCAGUGCCAAUCUGCGGGGUGACAAGGGUGAUGCAGGUCCCAAGGGUGAGAAGGGUGAGCCAGGCAGCACUUCCCUCUACAAUCCCAGCAUCUCUGGACUACCAGGGCCUCCAGGGCCCCAGGGCUACCCUGGGCUGCCGGGUCCCAAGGGAGACAGUAUUGUUGGGCCACCAGGACCUCCUGGACCUCAGGGCCCCCCUGGUAUUGGAUAUGAGGGGCGACAGGGCCCCCCUGGCCCUCCUGGCCCCCCUGGUCCACCCUCCUUCCCAGGUCCCCACAGACAAGCUAUCAGCAUCCCUGGACCCCCUGGACCACCCGGACCUCCUGGACCACCAGGGACCAGUGAGAUGUCUUUGGGGCUGCGUGCCCUGCCGACCUACCAGGUGAUGCUGAGCGCCGCGCAUGAGCUGCCUGAGGGCAGCCUUGUCUUUCUGACCGACCGGCAGGAGCUCUACGCUCGCCUGCGUGGGGGCUUCCGACGAGUGCUGCUGGAGGAGCACACUCUGAUCCCCAGUUCAGCUUUGGACAAUGAGGUGUAUGACAAGCUGCCCAGUGUGCACUACGCCGGCCCCCAGCCCCCCCUGCAGCCCCAGGGACCCCUGCAUCCUCUGCGCAACCACGUCCCCCCACCCACUGCCCGACCCUGGCGCGGGGAUGAAGUGGUGGCCAACCAGCACCGCCUGCCUGAGCAACCCUUGCUCCACCACCAGCAUGAGCUCCUCAACAGCUACUACAUCCACCGCCGGCCGGAUCCGGCUCCUGUGGCUGCCCACGUGCACCAGGACUUCCAGCCUGCUCUUCACCUGGUGGCCCUAAAUGCCCCGCUGAGCGGCGGCAUGCGUGGCAUCCGAGGAGCUGAUUUCCAGUGCUUCCAGCAAGCCCGGCAGGUCGGGCUGGCUGGCACCUUCCGUGCCUUCCUCUCCUCCCGCCUGCAGGACCUCUACAGCAUUGUGCGCAGGGCCGACCGCACUGCUGUGCCCAUCGUCAACCUCCGGGAUGAAGUCCUCUUCACUAACUGGGAAGCCCUUUUCACGGGCAGCGGCGCCCCACUGAGAGCUGGUGCCCGCAUCCUCUCCUUUGAUGGCAGAGACGUCCUGCGAGAUGCAAGCUGGCCACAGAAGAGUGUCUGGCAUGGCUCAGAUGCCAAGGGCCGGCGCUUGCCCGAGAGUUACUGUGAGACGUGGCGGACGGACGAGCGCACUGCCACUGGCCAGGCUUCCUCACUGGCUUCUGGCAAGCUGCUGGAGCAGGUGGCCAGUAGCUGCCAGCAAAACUUCAUCGUCCUCUGCAUCGAGAACAGCUUCAUGACUGCUGCCAAAAAAUGACACCCUCCCAUUCCCUAGGUACCCCACCUACCCCCGGGGAGGGCUAGGCCAGCCUGCACCCUGGCAUCCCUCGGGUCCUCAGCCCCUGCCAUGUGCCUGACCUCACCCUGCAGGAUUUUUUUCCCACAGACCUGAAGCCAAAGAGUCACCAUCACCCCUGCCCUGAGUUGGCAGGGGCUUGUGUCCCACCUGGGGCAGGGCAGCAGUGGGAAAGCUGCCUUCCUCCUCUCGCUCCUCUUCUAACUCCUAAUAUUUAACCACUUAAGCUUGGGUCCCCCACCUGCUCGGAUGCUCUCUCCAGGGUGGCUGGGCAGGAGGAUGCUGUGCAGGAAGAUGUCAGCGCUGUGUGGUAUGCCGUCCUGGAAAGCCUGGGCUAGUUCCUCUGACCUGAUUCCUGCACAGCCCUGCAAUGACCUCACCAGGAGCUCAGGGUCAGACUCAAAUCCCCAUUGCUGGGGCUACAGGGCCUUCAUCCAAAACUCUGGCAUCCCACCCAAUCAAGGGACUGUCCCAUGGCAGCACCAAGGCUCCCUCCAGAUGCUUUUCAUCCUCCCCAGGUAAGGACCAGCCCGCCCAGUCCCCCAUCUUCACUUCCACCUCCCAGACAGCAGCUUGUGAGUGCUGUUGGAGGGCAAGAUGGGUGUGUCUGGUCCCCUCCAGCUCCUCUGCACACCCUUGGGCCCCCAGCCAUGCCCCUGCAUCCUGGGCACAGCCACAUCCAGGCUAGUGCAGGGACCAGAGCAGCCCUGACAUGGGGCCAAGGCAUGCCCUUGGCAUGUGCUUACAUGCAUGUGCGCAGUAAGUACAUGUGGUACUGAGGGCAGGCACUGCCAUCACCCUCCCUCCCUGGGCCACCUCUGCUGCACUCUAAGGGCCAAGGAGCAGCAAAGGUGGUUUGAAUUGCUGUGGGCAAAUCCAAGGUGCUAAGAAAAAGAAA